AUGGCGGUGAACCCCAACAGAACCAUGACCGAUCCACUCUUCACAGGCAUGGAGGUGGUCUUGGCACACUCAUCUCCGAAAACACGGCAUCUUCAAUUAGGUGACUUCGUCAUCCUUGGGUUUAGAGCAUUGAUCAGCAAGUAUGAUGCGGAUAGCGAAGAGGGCUAUGAAUCUUAUCAAGAAGAUCGCUCUGGCGACGAAUUCGAUCAGGAAGAAGAUCUCUCUGGCGAUGAAGCUAAUCCGGAAAAAGAUGUCUCUGGCGCCAAAGUCAACUCUAGCAAUCUCAGCUUGAUACAACUCGCUGAUUCAUUGGCAGAUACGGCCACUUCUUGGGUGCAAGGUCUGCACCCAGAGCCCAAAGCGCGUCAUAUCUUUGGAAUCAAAAGAAUGUCAACCACCAGCUUAGGCGUAGAGGCACUCGAUUCCGAUCAAUCAGGAGCGCUGCAACAGCAAAGUGAUGGGCCCCAGUGCGCUGGCCCCAAGUCUAUCCGAGAUGCCGCGUACAUUGACCAACUGAAGCUGACGACCAGCCGGUUGGACUCAGACCUUCUACCGCUACUAGGAGAUCAACUGAGCGCUAUCUCACGGAUGCUAGACCCGUCCGACUUGCGGAAAGAACCCAUCUCAGAACUCAAGCGGAUCUUGGCAAUUCAAGUACAGCUCGACCACACAAUGGAUCAAAUCAUAUCUGCGCUUGAGACCCUUCCGGAACAAGACAUCGUCCCAAACCAAACAACCUACCAGCACGAUAAAGCACUCAAGUACUAUAGGCUUAACGGUCUUGAUCAAUGUAUCAGGCAAGAAUUGCUCAUGGAGAUGGCUGGAUUAUUUUCUUCGUCCAUCUUACUUGUUCGGCGACUAGGAUUCUCGGCAUCAUCAGAAGAAAUGACUGCCUCCGAGACUGUGGCUCGAGCUGGAAAAGAUGUUAUUUCCGCCCAAAUUCGUUCUGAAAGCUCACUCGAGUCGGCCAUCACCUGGUUAAGAGGAUCUGAAUGGGAGACUGUCCUAUACGAAGACAGCUCACCCACUCCGCUCUCACUAUUUGCCGUGUUGCGAAUGUGUAGUCUUCCAUACAAGAAAUCCGGUCAGGACCCUUGCCCGAGACCCCUUCCGCUCUCCCCUUCAUCUUCGGCCUCAACGCCCACGCUUCCAUACCAACAAGCCGAAAAAGAAUUUGAGCAUCUCCAUCCGCCGCGCUCUGAGUUCAGUCAUCCCAAAUCUCAUUUCCUCAACAUGUCAUCAUUUCGCAACCCAACUGGGCAUCAGCGUUCCUUUUCGGUUGGAAUCCCAGGGCAAGAUCAGGGUGAAGGUCGCGAGGGUGUCGUACUGAAACGUCCACGAGGAUUUCUUCAAGAAAAUAUUGUUAUUCGAUGGGUUUUUUUCAUCACCCCCAUCCUCAUGCUGGUAUGGAUUCCGGGGUUUAUUGCAUUUAGCCUUCCAGAGAAGCAUCUCCAAAUUGCCGAUGUAGGGUUGAUCUGGUGGUCAGCCUGGCUCUCAGUGGCUUGGCUAGGCUGGUGGAUUGGCUUGAUGGUCGGAGCGCUGACUCCGCUAUUCUUCAAGCACGUGAUUGGUAUUGCUUGUUCUCCCGAUUUUGUUGAGAAGUGGUACAGCUUCCUGUUGCCCAUGAAGAAGGUCAUCAUGGGGGCUGUCUGGAGUAUAUCCACCUAUAUUGCUUUCAGCGUAUUUAUCAUAAGGAUGUCAUAUGGUGCCUCAGAAUCUGCCGCCAAAUCGGUGCACUUGAUGAGUCAAGCACUAUUUGGAUUUCUUCUUGCUAGUUUAAUGCUCGUUGGCGAAAAAAUCCUGAUACAAGUGAUUGCUAGCUAUUUCCACCAAAGAUCUUACGAGGACAGAAUAGCCGAACAGAAGCGCGCGAUUCAAUUUCUCACUGCGUUAUAUCGCUAUACUCACGAUAUUGGCAGGUCAGAUACGCUUGAUCGAGCAUGUGGAGCUCCGUCGAAAGCCCCAGAGAAUACAGCAAAAAUAUUGAAAUGCGCACUUAAAAGUGUGAAGAACGUUGCGAGGACCACGACUAGCGUUUUUGGAACUGUGGCAUCAGAAAUCGCCGGAGAACAGAUACUUCAGCCUAACUCGCCCUCCUCAAUGGUUCUCUCUGCAUUGUCAUCAGCCAACAAGACUCGACAUCUAGCGCGCAGAAUUUACUAUUCACUGGUUCCAGUCAACUAUCGUCAAGUGAUGGUGCUGGGCGAUAUAAUGCCGUGUUUUGAAGGGGAUGAGGAAAUUGCUCAGGAGAGUUUUUCCAUUUUCGACAAAGACAGAAAUGGAGAUUGUUCCCUACAAGAAAUUGAACUAACCUGUUUGGAGCUUCAUCGAGAGCGUUUGGCUUUAGUAGCGAGUAUGAGAGACUUGGACAGCGCAGUUGGAAAGCUGGACUCGAUUUUGAUGUUCCUCUGGUAUACUGUAUCAUUACUCGUGACAGUGGCUCUUUUGGACAUCUCCUUCCAAACUCUGUUAGCAUCAGCUGGGACACUAGUAUUAGGCUUGAGCUGGUUGAUCGGUAGUACUGCACAAGAGAUACUCGCCUCGAUAAUUUUCUUGUUUGUCAAGCAUCCAUAUGAUGUGUCCGAUAGAGUUGAUGUUGAUGAUGUUGCUUACGUGGUAAAAGAAAUGCAUCUGUUAUACACUGUAUUUCGGCAAACAAAUGGCAAAAUAUCACAGAUUCCUCACAGUGUAUUGAACAGCAAGAGAGUGGUAAAUAUCCGGAGAUCUGGGCCCAUCAGCGAAAAGUUUACUUGGGAUGUAAAUUUCAAUACAUCGUUCGAAAAAAUUGAGCAAAUGCGAAGCAAGAUGCUCGAGUUCCUCAAAGCCGAAAGAAGAGAUUACACGCCUGCUUUUGACGUCAACAUCCAGGACUUUGAGGGCCAGGCUCAAUUGACUCUACAAGCGGACAUCAAAUAUAAAUCAAAUUGGCAAAAUGGGGCCUUGAAAAGCCAGAGGAGAAAUAAAUGGGUUUGUGCCUUAAAGCAGAUCAUGGCCGAGGUCGAGAUCUAUGGACCCGCAGAUGCCGGAAAUCCUGCUCCAAAAUCCGAGCCAACACUUAUUCAACUAGUCGAUAGUCCUCCACUGGUGAUACACCAGCGAGCCGAAAGUCCGAGGAAACAACAAGACCAGCAGAACCCACCGUCAGACAAAUCGAGCGGCAUACAGCCCGUAGAGCUGGAAAAUAGGGAGAACGUUAUGUGCGACGACGACGACGAGGAGCACGGCUUGCCUCUAAAUUAUAUACCCUUAUCCCCCUUCUAA